AUGUCUCUCCUUCUUUUGAAUGCAAGCAAUAGAAUUGCAUAAGGAUUCUUAAAAGUUGCUGCGGAAAGUGGCAAAUAUGAGAAGAUCAUCUGUGCUGACAUUUUCCCAACUUAUUUCACAGUCCAAAGACUCCUCAAAUUUAAGUCAUCAUUAUCAGCAAACAUAGAAUUGUUCAAAGUCGGAGAUCGUUAAGAUUUACAUGAUGUAAUCAAAUAAGCCAACAAUGUUCUAUAUGUCAGUCAUGAUUAUUACUAAACCACAGCAUCCAAAAAGAAUUUAUUGGUUGCUACCUUAGAUUUGGUCAAAAAUAGAAACUAUAAGACUGUUGCCUAUGUUGCACCAGUUGAACAUGAUCACCAAGAGGAAAUUGAUGAAUGGAAACAUCUAGAAGUAGAAGGACGUCGUUUCAUUCCUUAAUUAGUUGGUAUCAGAUCUGACAUUACCUUUGGACCAAAUAGCACAUUCACUAAUAAAUUAGCAUAAAGAAUUUAUAAUGGUGAAAGCAUCUACUUCUAAAACACUGGACAAUCAUGUGCUCCCAUAUUCACUGGCGAUUUAGAAUAAAUUGUGGCCUAAGUUCUAGCUGGCUCACAUGCAGGCAAAUUGCUCUUAGCUAAGGGACACAAACACAUUGAUUUCAAAUCAAUUAUUCAUUUGAUUGAGGAUAGUCUUGGAAGCGCAUAUAAAGCCAAAUUAAAUCAAUCCUUUAUUGAAAAAGUCAUCCAUCCAACCAAUAAUUGCAUCAUAGGCUAAUAAUUAUAUUGUCCAUCAUACAUUAAUUUAACUAAAUUGAUUGCAAAUUAUAAAGCUUUGGAAAACACUGGAUAUGACCAAGUUGUCGGUGAUAAGCUAGUUGAUAUUGAAGAGUAUCACAAGAACAAUAAAACAGUUAUUGAUCAAUCAUUGAAAGCAGAUUAUUAAUUAAGCUACUUAGUUGGUUGAAUAAAUAAUAAUCUACAUAAAUCGAAUAAAAAUAUAAAAUAUUCAAUUU